GCCAGCCACGCACAAGAUGGCGCCGUGGGUGCGGCGCAUCUUCCUGUACCUGAUGCCGCGGCUUCUGCUGAUGCGGCGGCCGCUGUACGGCCCGCGCCGCCAGAGCUUCGACCCCAAGACGCACCUGCACGACCACGUGUGCACGGCCGGCGCCGAGUACAUGUCCGGCGACACGUUCCGGGACCCGUACGCCGACGACUCCACGCCAUCGGCCUUCAAGAUCAACGGCGGCUGCGGUGCCCAAAGCUCAGAUAUAUUCGGCUGCAGCAGCGAGGAACCACAGUACUCUCCGGAGGUACAGCGCGCGCUGGAGGGUGUACAGUUCAUAGCCCGGCACAUUAAGGAGGAAGACAAAACCAACGAGAUCAUCCAGGACUGGAAGUACGUGGCGAUGGUGCUGGACCGGCUCUUCCUGUGGCUGUUCACGUUGGCCUGCGUGCUCGGCGCGGUGGCCAUCAUCUUUCAGGCGCCGUCACUGUACGACACGCGCGAGUCGAUCGACACCCAGUUCUCCAACAUCAAGGUGCCGACGAGUGACCCCAGAUACCGGGGCUGAACGCCGGCGCCAGCGGCGCUGCGCCAUCUAGCCCGGCAUCGGUCGCCCUCACCGGCACCUCCCCCAGUCGCCGGCUUCACUGUGCUUCGUUUCCGGCCGGCGAGUAUUCUCGACGCGUCGGCCGCGCAAACGUGCAAGCGAACUCUACCACGUCAAGUGUGGCGUUGAACUGUAUGAGUGGGCUUCGUGUGACGGGCUGUUCUCAGUUCCACCCAAUGUCUGCUGAUCAGUGUUAACUGUUGUGUAUUUGGGCAGGCAUGGGCAGGACGUUGGCUUUAGACAAUACAUCAGGCUCAGACUGUGUACUCAACGCUAGAUGGGACAAUAAUCUUAAAAGGAAUGUUCCACAGUGAAGAAAUUGAGGCAAGCGUCAGAUAUGAUGGAAAAUUUUAAUUAUAGCUAUUGGUAUGCUUUCAUGGUUCAAAAACUUCCCUAAAUAGCAAAAUUUCAAAGGCGAAUUGCAAAAAUGUUCCGCAUUACGUCGUCACUUGAUGACGUCACGGAAGUGUUCUGUGACGUCAGCAAUGCCUGACGGCGUCUGAAAGCCAAACUUAAAGAACACCUCGAAACGCACGCAGGCUGACGCCAGCCAGCCAUUCGUGUGGUGGCUACUCGAGGAAUGCACGGCAGCAUGAAUAAUACGAUCACAUAACAAUGCUUUUGACAACAAUGGCGCCCAUGGAUCGAUGCCUGCAUCAUGACGCUUGUGCGAGCUGUCAAAUUUGAACGUCUCGAUUGAAUAUUUGCUCAAUAUAUACUCAUAGUAACACUAUUUUAUUAAAGUCGUUGAAUAGUUUCCAAGCAUGCAUUCGGACACUCCGUUUAAGUACAUUCGGACUGAUUCGCGAGUCACCGGUGGUUAUUUGUUAUGUGCUUUGGAUGUCUCUGGAAAGAUUCCACCGAUGUUUGUUGUAAGCAAAUUAAAAACCAGUAGACGUUUUUACGCUGCUCAUAAAAUACAUCUGAAGACGGAAACGUGCAAUGCAUAAUCAUUCUUCUUGCCGUACAAAAUAUGCCUUUGUGCAACUUUCAUAUUAGCCGUUUUCACGAUGGGUUAAUGCACCGAAAAGUUUUUAAAAAAGGUUUGAAAUGUUUCUAUAAAGUUUUAGUACAUAAUAAACAUUCUGACAAGGAAAAUCAUGCUUACAUGCAAUUCCAUUAAUAUGAAACAGGUAAACUUCAUGUACAAAAUGAAAACAAACUUGCUACAUUAAGGGAGAGCAUUUAUAGAUAUUUCUUCAGCUCAUGCCUUUAGUUCAUCCAAAUUCUAGGAAAAUACUUUGCUUGGCAAUCAGCGAUGUGCGUCGGUCGAGGGCGAUGGAUGCCGGCUUCCCAUUAUUGUUUACACCGGUGUUGUUUGGAACAAGAUGGGCUUUGAUUAUCACUUCAUUCAAGGAUCAUUCAUCUUGGAUCAUGUUAAGAAAUGUAAGCCCCGUAAGCUCUGUAAAUACCGUAAGUAAGCUCUGUAAGUAACGCAUACCUAUAAGCAUGGCCGAUAGGAUAUAGGAGUCUUUUAUGUUGCGUCCGCGUCAGAGAUGCCAUGAAACGUUUUUAUAAGGUUUGAAAAGCUUCGGUAAGAAAAAACUGAGAUCACACCUGUCCAUA